AUGAAUAUUAGCCAUUGUGAUGGAGAAAAAAACGUUUUUAUUCAUCAAAAAAAAGCUCAAGCUGGAGCUUCUGCGGCUGCAAGAAUAGAUUACUUCAUAGAUUUGAUCAUAGAAUUUGCUAGAAAUAUUUUGAGGGAUAAUAAAAAAGUAGAUCACAACAAUAAAGGAAAAAGUUUUAAUAACCACAACUCUUCCUACUCUUCUAUUUGUUAUAAUAAUAAAAAUAAUGACAUGAUGAACAACAGUGAAAAUAAUCACCACACAGUCCUUAGACCGUACCACUCUAGCAUCAAUAACAGUGAAAACAACCAGAAUAAUAACAACACUAACAAUCAAGACAACAGAUUGGCCACCAAGUCACUUAAAGUAAUUAGGACCAAUAGUUCUGGAAUGUUUGUUAGUGUGUGUGAAGAUGACGACGACGAUGAUGACCUUUCAUGUUCAACUCAUCACAACAGAUAUGGCCUUGACAUUAUAACUGGUCAUUUGGUGUUGUCGUACAUGGAGGCUCAUUUAAAAGAUUCAACAAAACUUGACAAUGAUUGGCUGAGUUUGUCUUCGUACGAACCCGAUGAUGUCACAACCAGUGAUGCGCUCUUGCCAGAAAAUAUUCGUAAAAAUAGGACACUUAAUAUUUUGCCUUAUAACUGGAAUAGGUUCAUCUUGAACAAGCAAGCCAACGUUAACAGAUGUGAUUACAUCAACGCCAGUAAGAUUACAGACCACGACCCGAACAUGCUGUCGUACAUAUUCACGCAGAAUCCUCUGCCACACACUGUCGCUGAUUUUUGGCAGCUUGUCUGGGAAUCGAGGUCAACAGCCAUUAUUAACCUGACCUCAUUAACCGACCAAUCACAGUGCCACCCUUAUUGGCCCGAGGCCGGCGUCGAGAUUUAUCAUAAGUUUGAGGUUCAUUUGGUAUCUCAGCACAUCAACAAUCGCAAUUAUGUGGUUCGAAAUCUGCUACUUCGCAAUCUGCAACAGCAACAACAGCAACAAAGAUAUGAAACUCGGACGAUCACGCAGUACCACUACUUGAAAUGGCCCAAAGAUGAAUUGCCACUAUCAAUUAAAAGUUUACUGGAGUUUAGAAGGAAGGUUAACAAGUUUUGUAGAGGAAGCAAUAACGCCCUGGUCAUACACUGCUGUGACGGAGCUGGUAGGACGGGCACGUACGCCCUGAUCGAUAACGUCAUCAACAGAAUUAGUAACGGAGCGAAGGAGCUGGACAUUGCAGCAGCUCUCGAACAUUUUAGAGACCAACGAAUGAAGUGUGUGGCUAGCAAGGAGCAGUAUGAGUUGGUCUUAUUCUGCGUUGCCGAGUGUGUGAGGAAUCACCUCCUACGUCAUAAAUAA